AGGGAACUACAAAAAUUUUGAUGACGAAAAUCCCAUAUUUUCAAGAAGUUGUGAUAAUGUCAUUUGAAUGUCCACAUUGUGGAAACAAAAACAAUGAAAUUAAAUCUGCCGGCCCUGUACAGUCACAAGGACAUAGAAUCGAACUAAAAGUUACAAAAAAGGUAAGAAUUCUGUGAAAUAUCCACCUUUGCAUGCAAAUAAUUACUAAAAAACUUUAUUAUAAUGAGUAAAAUUGCAAAGUUUGGUUGCGAAAUGUUGUACAAUGAUGAUGUAGCCCUGUGAAGUUCGCAAAUUUUGUACAUAUUUGCAUUAUGCGCUGGAAAAAUAACCAUUUUAGACAUUGUACAUGCAACUCAGGUUUGUAAUUUUUUUUUGGUGUUUUUUUAAAUUAAUAUUUAUUUUCAGGAAGCUUUCUCACAAAGUGAUUUUCAGAAAGGUCCUGAACUAAAUAAAGAAAUUUACAAGGAAGACAUGCAUAUACUACAUAACUAUGAAAAAUAUUAAAAAAUUAUACGGGGGAAAGUUAAAAGAUUGCUAAAAAAGUUUCUCCUAACAGGCCUUAAAAUAUCUUUUACAGGGCCGUCUGACAAAAUGUCCGAUGACUUUGAGUUUGGGUCGGACAUAUGUCGGUAUGAUGAUGUCCGAUGACCUUCAGUUCAGUUUGGCUAUGAAAUAAGUCUGAAGUGAAUGACGCAAAUUAAUAUCAGCACAAUGUAGUGAAGUGAACUGUUGUGAAGAUAAUAUUAAAUAAAUUUGCUUGCCAAUAAUAGCAGUACGACUUGUCUUCGACAACUUAACCCCGUUUUCCACUUCACCAUUUCGCUCGCCGCCCCGGGCUCGGUGACAUUAUUAAAAACAUUUCCGGUUCAUUUUUAUACAAUACUCCAAUACUCCAUUAUAACAUACGAGCCUCUAGUCCUAGACUAGGAUACAUUUUGAUUUACAUGCGUGGAGAAAGCGGCGGACAAAGCUACAGCUCGGUCGGACACCAAUACACUCGGGUCGGACAAACAAUAAAUCUCAGUUUAACUUAGGUCGGCGCGGACAGAAUGUCCGGUGGUUCCCUCUCUACGUCUGACAAUUUGACGAAUGAGUCGGACAAUGUCCGUGACCGACCGAUAUUUUAAGGCCUGAGGGCCUAAAUGUAGAAAUUAAAAUUAAUACUACUAGAGAGUUUUAUCUUUCUGUCCAAGUUGUUCCAGUCUGUUAUGGCCUGAUAAAUAAAGCGAGUCUUUGCUUUCCCCAAUUCCUUGACACUUUAGGUGGCCUUAAAUUGUCCUUAUAUCGCGUAUUGUAAGUUCAAAUCCAUGUGAGGUAUGAUUAUUUAGACACUUAAAAACAAAUAAGCAUCUAUGAUACCAAGGCAUGAGAAAGUCCGCCAGCAUGGCAGCAUAUCUGCCAGGAAAUUUUUUUAAUCUCACAGGAAAUUUUUAAGGAAAAGCAAGAUAUCAAGAAUGAAGGCUCGAGAAAUUUCAAAAAUCAGCAUUAAAGUGACAAACAUCACAAUUAGCAUAAAUACAACAAUCAUAACAUAAAAAUUGGUGUCAUGUGUCAGUGCUACAACUGUCUGUUAUCAUGAUUCAUGAUUAUGAUACAUGUCGAAAACAAGGGCGUACUAGUAUUAUUGAAUAGUGCAUGAAAACCGAUAUAAAUUCAGAUUUACAAUCUGAAAACAGAAUUAAAAUAUUGUUUCAUAGAAUUCCUUCAUGUUCCUAAUUCUAGUAAACUCUUAUAUUUUUCUUAAUAUCGAGGUAGCAUAUGACUUAUUAAGGUUGUAUAUUCGACGCUGUUAUUGAAUUACAACCAAAAUUCAUAUUUAUAAAAAAAAUUGGCAGGAAAUUUUAGGUCUGGGAAGCCUGCUGCCAGGAAGAAAAAUAUUUUAUCAAGGCUUGUAUGAUACAAAUUACAUUGUUCAAGAGUACUGGUCCAGCCUAAAGUGUUUAACGCGUCUGUUGCCGAUCAAAAAAGUCAGCUUUGUUCUGGAGUAUCUGAAGAUUGUUCAAUAGCACUGUAUUAUUUUUGUCUCCCCAUAUAACAUCCGCAUAGUCAAAGAUUGGCAGUACGGGACUGUUAUAAAAAAGGUUCGUGCAUUAAAUGGUAGCAGGUGUUUAAUCCUACGAAAUAGACCUAGGCGUUGAUUGACUUUAGCAGAAAUGCAAUAUAUAUGUUCUGACCAGGUGAAGUUGGCUGUGAUGAUGACUCCUAAGUACUUGAAAUUGCUGCAUGGCGUUGGAGACUUCAGUAUUGUUGACAGAGACAGCUUGUCAUCUAAGAUAUAUUACAUAACUUCCUAUCACUGCCUAUAAUCAUUGAUCGAGUUUUAUUUAAAUUCAGUGUCAGCUUAUUCUCAUUCAAUCAAAUCGCUAACUUAAGUAAAGCUUCAUUAAAGAUUUCUUUCAAGAUCAUUGACAUCUGAGGCGUACACUGGGAAAAAAAGUGGCAUCGAUACUACGAAAUUUACAAUUGCACCACUAAAUCCACAUACUAUUUCCAUACUAUAUCCAUACUAUGGAAAUAUACAAUUAUUAUGGAUAACCAAAAUCCAUUUUAUUUCCAAUAAAGGUCCAUACAAUUUCCAUUGUAUGAACUUCUAUGGAUUUUCAAACUUUUUUCCAUUUGUAGCAAUAUAAGACUGUGUCGUCGGCAUACAAGGAAACAUUGCCUUUUUUGGUAAUACUGGGCAGAUCGUUUAUGUACACGAGAAAGAGAAGUGGGCCCAAAAUGCUCCCUUGGGAUACUCCAAAAGUGACAGGAAGAGCGUCCGACAAUUCACUUCCACAAGACAUUUGUUGCAUCCGAUUGCUCAGGUAGGACUCAAACCAACCUACGGUGCUAGAUGACACACCCGUCGCUUUAAGUUUGUGGAGUAAGAUGCUGUGGUCCACUGUCCACCUUCGACAAAUCUAGAAAUACAGCUCCACAAAGCCUUCCGCAUUCCAUGUUGCUCAGAGUUUCAUCCGCAAAGUUGGUCAGGGCAGUGAUGAUUGAAUACCUUUGUCGAAAUCCAAACUGCUUGCUUGUGAGCAAGUUGUUAGUAAUUAGGUGGCUAUACAAUUGCGAGUGAACGGUUCUCUCCUAAGAUCUUACUUAGAGACUAGAGUAGGCAAGAUCGAGAUAGGACGAUAGUUUGUACGAUUGGAACGUUCACCUGAUUUAAAUGUAAGGGCCGUGACCGGUGCAUUUCCAAAUCUUUGGGAAAUGGUUGCUCUUAUUGAUGGAAAGAUUAAGCAAUCUUGUGACAGACUUGCUGAUUGAACAGAGUCUUGCGCUUAUUUUGUCCAAACCGAUAGCUUUGUUGGUCUGGAGUUGCGCAAAGACAUAGGAUUCUAUACUUGUACUUCUUCUUCGAGCUCAAACAUUGUUUCCGGGACAUGAGUGGGACUUGCCGUAAACGUUUGUGAGACAGUUGUAAACUUUGCAGCUAAGGAUUUUCCGACUGAGGCGAAGUAAGUGUUAAGGGCAGUGGCAAUAGAUUUGGAGUCUGGGUGUUUUACUCCAUCAGUGACAAUGUACUGCGGGGUAGAGCUUUUGUUAUCGCGUAACGAAAGUUCGUUAACCGAACGUUAACCAAAUCCUGCUGGAGUCACCUUUACUUUGUUCAAUUAGCUCGCAGUAGUAUUUGGACACAGUAGUAUUUGGACCGAUUUAACUUCUUUAUUAACAAAGUUUCUCAAUUUUUUAUACAUAUUCCAAUGAUAGGUCUUGUUGGACUUUACAGCUUUGCGAUGAUGGUAGUCGCGAUCUUGCUUUGCUUCGCUAAUCUUACUGUUCAUCCAUGGUACUUGUGUGCCUUUUACACGACGACGUUUGACAGGUACAUGGGCAUCGGCGAUGUCACUGGUAACUUUUUUAGUUUCACAAUGAAAGAGCACAAUAUUUUGUCUCAAAUCUGAGUGUUUUAUAUAACUGUUUUUAAUGUAAGGUAGUAAGGUAAUAUUCUUGUUCAAACGCGUGCAAGAUAAAGUGUUAUAUAAUAACUACAGUAAAACACGCAUUUGAUUGUUCAAUACCCGUGCAGGAUCUGAGGAUCAGACAAUUUGUCUUCGGGCGGGCUCUUUAAAAUGUCGGAUAAUGAAAACAUUCUAACGUGUGAAGCUAACACUAUAAUAAACGAGAGACAAGUUAACAAAAACGUUAAUAAAGUUAUAAUAAAGUUAACCGUUUAAAUAACGUUUAAAUAAAGUUAAAGUUUCAAUAAAGCUAACCAUUCUUUCACUGUAGUUAUUUUAUAAAACAAUUACCAAAUUGUUUUCCAUGCAGGCUCGUGUUUUUUUACGCUUUCUGAAAGUCUCGCAUCAUCCCGCGUGCAUGGAUCAGGCUGUCCUUCCUAGAAAACCAUUUGGUGUUCCUUUAAGCUAUAUUUAUUUCACGCUGUAUCUAACAUGUGUUGCACUGAAAUUUCUAAUUAUGUAAUAAGAAAAGUUUCUACAAUCUACAGUGAGUGCACUUCUCAAAUUUUGUACUUUUUCCUUUUAAAGGAUCUGGACAGACAAAUCGUUAAAACAGAAUCUGCAUCAGUGAAACUUCCCGAGUUGGAUUUCGAGAUUCCAGCUUUCUCACAAAAAGGAGGUUUGUAAGUUACUCACUGGUUUCUUCCCACCAUUAUCACGCCUGCAAGUCUGGUGUUUAUCUUUUAAUGGCAUUCCUGGGAUUUCCCCCCAAAUGUUUGCGUCCGUCCUAUACUACACUUUGUGACCAUAUGGGGGAUAGGAAAGCAAGGACAAUCUUGUCUUGACACUAAACUAUUCUAAAACCUCGUUUACUCUACUCUCAAAUUUUAAUCUGUACCAAAUUUAACACUACUUAUUUGCAAAGGCCGAACACUGGUAAAUUUGGUACGAGUACCAGUUUUACGGUACCUGUGCCAUACCAGAAUAUGCGAGUAGUGUAAACGGGGCUAACGAAUUAAUUUAAUAUUAUUUCCAAUUAUAACAACAAAGGCUUUACAAUUGACAGAUCUGUAGGACAGGUAGCAACAGAUAUAUGAAUUCUAUUAUUUCGCAAGGUAGCUACUGUAUCCAGUACCCUACAGAACUCUCGCUUUCCGAUUUACUAAGCUUCGACUUCGAUUGACUUGCAAUAUCUUUGACACUGAUCUCAUAGAUCAUAACCGUCCGUACCUUCAAAGAAUAACGUGCUUUGUUUGCCUAGUCACCAGAUGAAACUAGUUUCGGUGUUUGUAUACUUGUAAAUUUCUUCGCUUUGCCUUGAGGUGACGACCGAUACCACUCAAGACAAAAAAUAUCGGAUGUUACAUGUUUUAAUAAUACCAAAUCUCCUCUCCACUUAAGCCUCUUGCGAUCGUAAAUAAAAUUGGAGAGUUAUUCUGCUUUUCGUUUGUUGGAUUGUUCAAGCAAUUGGAAAUACACCCUUUCGAUAAUUACGUCAUUUGGCCUGGGAGCCUCGCUCUCGUGAAUCGUGAGCCAAUCACCUUGCGUAAUUCACUAAUGAGAGGCUCCAAGACCAAAAAGUAUGUGUGACGUAAUGGCCCAUUUGCAUUAUAGACUAAAUUUUGAUCUAGACAAAAACUUCAUCACAACUUGAAAGAGCAUCACAAAAUUAGUAAUAUUCCAAAGUUUCGUGGCGAAAUGUUGUAAAAUGUGGAUAAUAUAGCCUUGCGAAGUUUGCCGUUUUUCAGUCAUUUUGUAUUACGCACGGGAAAUUGACAGCCUAAUCGGGUGUUGGGGCAUCAUUUUCCCGUUUGUAAUACAAAAUGACUGAAAAUUGCAAAUUUCGCAAGGCUAUACUAUCCGCAUUUUACAACAUUUCGUAACGAAACUUUGGAAUAUUACUAAUUUUGUGAUGCUCGUUCAAGCUGUGAUGAAAUUUUUGUCUAGACUUGUUUAGAUCAAGAUUUGGUCUACAGGGUGUAUCAAAAUAAACGCAAUUCAUCUUUUGUGCUUAAUAAUUUUCGAAAUACUAUUUCUAGUUAAACGCUUUUAGGCUUACUUCAAAGCCAGCUCUUUUCUCUUUCAAACAAACUAUUAUCCUUGUCUCCAAUGCUAGUAAUAAUUGCACAGGAAAAGAUUUAGUAAAACCUAUCAUUUUUAGUUGCUGUUUAAUUAUGCAAGUUUACUAUGUUAUUGUUUAGUCGGUUUAAAUGUUAGAAUUUUCUUCUUUAAACUUUAAUGUUGUCGUCACUACAUCUGGAAAACCACGUAAGAACAAAUUAAAAGUAUUUUAAAAGAGACCAGGUUGUUUGAAAAUCCUAAACGAAUUCUAAAAAUCGUCAAAACAUUCUGGUGUCUGAGCCAGAGUGUCAUCGAAUUGCGAUGUAAUGUAAACAAAAAUUAUAGCAAGUUGAUGUCAGUCAGCUUAGAUGGUCCAAGCCGAAAUUAUAUCGCAUUUGAAGUUUCAAACUGAGUUAAAAAUAGUGGAAGAAAAGCCGUAAUUAUACUUAUUGUUACAAUCCAUUUAAUAAAAUGCAACAUUCUUUUGUUUUAAUGAAAAAAUCAGUUAUUUUCAUGAGAACGAUUUGUUAUUCCAUCUCAAUUUUUUUGAUCUCCAAUCGCAAUAACGUAAAGUAUUAUUACCCGCGAACCAAUGAGUCAAAUUUAAGAAACAACCCACUGUUAGAAAGCGGAAUGGCUACGCUUUAAAAUGAAUGUAAACUUUAACAUUUUCGUCUAUUAUUUAGUUAGCAAUUUACAUUUCAGUCGAGGAUUGCGCUUUUUUUGAUACACCCUGUAUAAUGCAAAUGGUCCAUUAUAGGGUGUAUUAGACCACCAUUUUGACGGUGAUAUUGAACACUUGGAAUGACAGAUCGAUACCCCGUCGUGUUUGAUUCCGGUUACUCUACAGUAUGCAUGUCUAUGGCUUUGUAACAAGAAGUCAAGAUCUUUGUACAAAACCAGUAAUGUCCACACUCAUGUUCAACUCUAUUAAUUUUCUUGUAAUAUUUCACUCUUACGUACCAGAACUUAGCACAAUUGAAGGAAUCCUGGACCGAGCUAUUUCAUCUUUAGAACAAGGCCAGCCACUACGCAAGGUAAGACAAUUAAUGUUUUGAAAAUCAAGCCAAAAUUAAGGUAUAACAAUACAAGUUGUUUGUGUGAUGUUACUCUGAGUGUAUAUCCACACCGGGCAGGCUUGAAAAAUAUGCCUGUCCACGGUGGGAUUCGAACCUACGACCUUUGGAAUACUAGCCCAAUGCUCUGCCCAACUGAGCUAUGAGGUCAGGUCGGUUCGUGUAUGCGAUAUUUCGGAACUGAGUCUAGUUCCUUUGAUAUCAGUGUAAUCAAAUAAUCAUGAAAUUUGCUGUGUUGAAUAAGAUGUGAAUAAGAUGUUUGUGAAUAAGAUGUUUGUGUGAUGUUACUCUGAGUGUAUAUAUCCAACGAACCGACCUGACCGCGUAGCUCAGUUGGCAGAGCAUUGGGCUAGUAUUCCAAAUGUCGUAGGUUCGAAUCCUACCGUGGCGAGGCAUAUUUUUCAAGCCUGCCCGGUGUGGAUAUACACUCAGAGUAACAUCACACAAACAUCUUAUUCACCUGAGUACAUUACACCAAUACAGCAAAUUUCACAAUACAAGUAUUAAAAGUAUAAUUGCCCCAAGGACGGAUUUUCUGGGGGUGGGGGGUUAUUGCCCUAAACAAAUUAAAGAAUUCGCUAAAUGUGUUCGGGACCCUCUUUAAGAUAUAAUUUUGGUGAUGCCAAUGUAAGCUGUAUAUGAGAAAAUAUUGGCUCUCUGGCAGGAAUCGAACCUGGGCCCUGCGAUUUUUGUACAGCGCUCUAACCAAUAAUACAUUUUUGAACAUUUCAAUUCAGGCUGUAGAUCCUGAGCAGGCCGAGAAAGUUGGUCAAUUCGUAGACAAACUAAAGACGUACCGAAGUGGCGAUAAUCCAUUUACAAUCGUUCUUGAUGAUAUCUCUGGUAACAGCUUUGUGGAGAAUCCUCACGCGCCAAAUAAUGAUGAAGCUAUGACAAUUACAAAAUACGAUAGAACGAAGGAACAAAAUCAAGCCUUGGGAUUUGAAGAAAGUGAUGGUAAUUAUUUCCAAAAAAAGUUCUCUGGCUUUAAUUAUUUAUCUCCAAGCCUGUAA